AUGGACACCCAAACCCUUGAUCUUCUCAAGAUAAGAGAUGAUGUCACAUGGUACAUAAGGAAGCUAGGCUUGAGCAAGCUCUUCAAGCUAGAAUGUAGUGAGUACUCACAACUCACCAAGGAGUUCCUCUCCACAGUAGCUCUUGCCUUUCCCAACCACAAUGGAGACCAACCAGCUGGUGAUGGACUCCUACUCUUCAAGAUAGGCGAUGCCAAUGGGCGCAUCUCAUCUCAGCUCUAUGCCAACUCUUUGGACUUCCCAAUGAGACAGCACAUGACUUCAAGGAGAACUCAAAGAGGAAACAAGCUGCCUUUGCUGAUUGGACACACUUUGCCAAUGAACCAUUCUUGCCUUCAAGAAGCCAACAAGGUCACAACUGAUGAGUUCUACAUCCUCACCACACCAUUCAUCAAGCAUGAGUACAAGGCCAACCUUGGACUUUUACUUGCCAAGACAUUCAUCAAUGUGAGGAAGCUAGCUAAAGACUUGGAAGGCAACAAGAAGCUUUGUGUUCGUUUUGGGAGGCUUAUCACGGCCAUACACAUCCACUUCCUAAACCGUUGGACUAAAGACCCAACUCGGUUUUGCUAUGAGUUUCCAAUUGGUCCAGCCAACACUUCCCUUGUCUUGCUGCCACAUGAGACAUCCCAAGCCUACGCUCAGGAGUUGUCACUUUCCAGCCCAAUGAGGAAGAUUUCUAUGUUCCAUCAAGUGAGAAACCAUCAUUCCCCAUGCUCACCUAUCGCACACUUCAGCAUGCAGUCAAGACUCAACGCCGCGUCCAAGAACGCCAUGUUCUCACUACUGGCAUGGCCGCGCAUCAAGCUCUAG